CCAAUCCGAUUAGGCCUAAUAAGGAUUUAAGAUUUAACAUAAUGGCGGAUCAACUCCGUAGUAUUUUUGAUGAUCCAAAGUACUACGUCAAAGUUUUUGACGAACGAACAAAGCGACAACAAAGAGCAAAUGCACUGAUUGAAUGGACUGACGAUCUCGUUGUAAAUCAACUUCUUGGAAAGCUUAGCGUUAAAGGAAGACCACUAAAAGUACUUGGUAUUGGUAGUGGUACCGGUGCGGUUGAGUUUAGUAACAUAUUGCAACUUUCGAAAAAGUUCCCACUGAUAGUCACCACCGUUUUAGAACCAGCUCAGAAUCACAUAGAUGAAUACAAGAAGUUGGUAGAAAAAGAAUCCAUUACAGGAUUAACACAUCACUGGAGAACACAGACUUUGCACCAAUAUCGUGAUGAUGUUGGAACUUCUGCCAAAUUUGACGUUAUUUUUGCCGUCAAUUCCUUGUACUAUGUUGACGAUGUUGAGGAAUCAUUACGGUACAUGUAUGACAUACUUGAGGUUGGUGGAAUAAUGAUCGUAAUUGUGGUCGCAGAAACCAGUGGUGUCUAUAAAUUGUGGAAGAACUUCUCCAAAAUAUACGAAAGUGUAAGCUUUCAAAAAAUAUCAACGAGUGAGAUAAUGGAAAGCUUGUCUAAUCUAAAUAUCAACUACCAGCUCCAACGACGGAGAAAUGAUGUUGAUGUCACCGAAUGUUUCAUUGAGGGCUCACAAGAGGGUCAAUAUAUGAUAGAUUUUCUUAGUCAUGUGACCAAUUUACGUGAAAGCAUACCGGAAUCAUUGUAUUCUGAAUUUAUUUCGUUUCUGAAAGAAAUUAGUGGUCCACAAGACGGAUAUGGUGAAAAGUUGUGGAUGGAAACUUCAUGGGAAGCCGUGUUCGUUCAGAAUGUUAUAAUGACGGAUCAGCUCCGCAGUAUAUUUGAUGAUCCUAAAUAUUACGUCAAAGUUUUUGACGAACGAACAAAGCGACAACAAAGGGCAAAUGCACUGAUUGAAUGGACAGAUGAACUCGUUAAAAAUCAGCUUAUUGAAAAGCUUAGCGUUAAGGAAAGACCGCUAAAGGUUCUUGGUGUUGGUAGUGGAACCGGUGCGGUUGAGUUUAGUAACAUACUUCAACUUACGGAAAAGUUUCCAUUGAUAGUCACCACCGUUUUAGAGCCAGCUAAGAACCACAUAGAUGAAUACCGGAAGUUGGUCGAAAAAGAAUCCAGUAAACUAAAGGGAAUAACACAUCACUGGAGACGGCAGACUUUGAACCAAUACCGUGAUGAUGUUGGAACCUCUAACAAAUUUGACGUUAUUUUUGCCGUCAAUUCCUUGUACUAUGUUGACGAUGUUGAGGAUUCCUUGCGGUAUCUUAAUGACAUCCUGGAGAAUGGUGGAAUAAUGGUCGUCAUAAUGACCGCAGAAACAAGUGGUUGCUAUAGAUUGUGGAAGAAAUUUUCCAAAAUAUACGAAAGUGUAUGCUUUCAAAAAAUAUCAGCGAGUGAGAUAAUCGAAAACUUGUCUAAUCUGAAAAUCAACUACCAGCUCCAACGACGGAGAAAUGAUGUUGACGUCACCGAAUGUUUCAUUGAGGACUCACAAGAGGGUCAAUAUAUGAUAGAUUUUCUUAGUCAUGUGAUCAAUUUACGUGGAAGCAUACCGGAAUCAUUGUAUUCUGAAUUUAUUUCGUUCCUGAAAGAAAUUAGUGGUCCACAAGACGGAUAUGGUGAAAAGUUGUGGAUGGAAAAUUCAUGGGAAGCAGUGUUUGUUCAAAAGUAAACGUUAAUCCAUUAGACCUAUGAUAAAUUACUCGCACUUAGGCCUACUGUGUAUUUUAUGGAUACUUAGUGAUGGCGUAUUAUUAUAUUAUUUAGAUUACCUUGGGAAUGCCGCCAUAGCCUACAUUUUCAAAUGUAGUAAAAUGUUGAAUUAGAAUUAAAGGGUUUAACUGCUUGCAAAAUAUGGGCAUAAUUGAAAGAACAACUUAAAGUAUACCGGUAUAAUAAAUAUGUGGUGUAUCUGUGUAGGCCUAUACAUGGCCACAUAGAGAGAGUAUUUAUAUAAUUAUUUUCUGGUUUCAUUCAAUUUGCUAUUUAAUUUUUUGAUAUUCUUGUGGAGGGGCGCAAUGAGCUUUUUCUUUUAAACUAAUACCGUCGCUUUAUAAAAUGUUCUAU